CUAAGUUGACGGAGGCAGCUGAGGCGGCCGGACUUCCGGCGUUGCCCUCGAGGUGCUCCUUCUGCCGCCGGGGUCGGGACGGCUAUCUCCAGAGCUGCGCGGCGGGCCGAUUUCCUUUAGAGGAAAUCCGCUCGGCGGAGGACUGGGGCGGGACCCCCGUCGCGCUGUGCACGCGCUGUGACUCCCGGGACCGACCCCUCUUCCUGAGACGCGGCGUUGCCCCCGGCGGGACGGGCGCCGGAGGGUGUGGGCCUCCCACAGGGGCUUCCUGGUCCCUGGGCACAUUUUCGUCCUAGCUUCGAAGGUUCCACGGCCGGCCGGAGGUUCCUGCGCCCAAAGCGGCGUGGCAGCUACGGAGUUCAGCCGAAGAGGCCGAAAUUCGGCGCCUGCCGCGGCCAUGCUCCGCCCACAGCUUCCUUUGGCCGAGGAGGCGCCGGGCUUGGUGACCUUUGAGGAUGUGGCUGUGUAUUUCUCCCGGGAGGAGUGGGGGCUCCUUAAUCUGACCCAGAGGAGCCUGUACCGUGAUGUGAUGCUAGAGAACUUUGCACUUAUUGGCUCACUGGGAGUUGCACCUUCAGGGUCCCAUGUGGUUGCCCAACUGGAGAGUGAAGAAGACCUCUGGAUGCCCAACAUGGUGGACUUGACACUGGGCAGCAGAGCAGAGGCCAGGAGGGGUCCUGGUCCUGGCUGUCCAUGUAGACUGGAGGAUGAGGAAGCCUCUCCAGAGCAGAUCAAGAGCUACAAAGUCUACCUAUCAGAGAAGCCCCUUCUGUGUGGGGAGUCUGGAAAGGACGUCCCUACCACCUUAGGCCUCCUCCAGCACCAGGCCACCCACAGCAAGGAGAAGCUACACAAGAGCACCAAGCCUGGGGAGGCCUUCCAACCCAGGUCCAAUUGCCAGCAGCAGCAGGGCCUCCACACCACACAGAAGGCCUUCAAGUGCAGUGACUGUGGGAAAGCCUUCCUGAAGGCUUUUGCACUCCUCGACCAUCUGAUAACUCACCCCAAAGAGAGACCCUUUAGAUGCCUGAAAGGUGGAAAUGCCCCCAAGGACAAAUCCACCCAUGUUAAUUACCAAAAAAUUCACACUGGAGAAACAUCCCAUGUGUGUAAUGAGUGUGGAAAGGUCUUCAGUUAUCCAUCUAAACUGAGGAAGCACCAGAAGGUUCACACGGGCAUAAAACCUUUCAAGUGUGAUGAGUGUGGCAAAACUUUCAACCGUAAAGAUGCACUUGUUCUGCACCAGAGAAUUCACACUGGAGAAAGGCCUUAUGAGUGCAGUGAAUGUGGGAAAGCCUUCAGUGUUCUGUCUACUCUCAUUCGGCACCGGAAAGUUCACAUUGGAGAAAGGCCCUAUGAGUGCAGGGAAUGUGGGAAGUUCUUUAAAUACAACCAUAGCUUCAUUCUUCACCAGAGAGUUCACACUGGAGAAAGGCCUUAUGAGUGCAAGCAAUGUGGGAAAACUUAUGUGACCCGCUCUGGCCUGUAUCAGCACUGGAAAGUUCACACUGGAGAACGGCCCUAUGAGUGCAGCCUGUGUGGGAAGACCUUUACCACCAGGUCCUACCGCAAUCGGCACCAGCAGUUCCACACUGAAGAGAGAUCCUAUGAAUGUACAGAAUGUGGGAAAGCCUUCAAACACAGUUCUACCCUCCUUCAGCACAAGAAAGUCCACACUGGAGAAAGGCCAUAAGAAGACGGGAUGUUGGAAAGCCUGUAGCCAGGGCUGGGCACCUUGUUCAACAUGAAAGCCCUCACUCCAGAAAGGAGAUUGAGGAGCGUAGCCAUUUGAGAGCUAAACCUAGCAUACCCCAAUAUGUGCCCUGGGGUGGCAGGCGUGUAGGAAGCUUUCAGGAGCUAGGUUGCACUCCAACCUGCCGAGGUUGUUGGCAGUGUUAAGUCACUGCUGGUUUCUGUGAUAGAAGCCAUCCUACUUCCUCCACCUGGCAGGUGCUCAAGAUGUGCAUCAGUCAUCUCAACGUGCUCUGGAACAGCAGACCUCCUUAGUCCCCACUCUGUACAGGAAAGAAUUAUGAGUGGUAAACCCAGAAUGGGCCUCGUUCCCCCCCUCCAACUGGUUUAGGUAUGUCUGUGACCAGGCUCUGGUCAAGAGUAGCUGAGCUGUGUCUACUGGGGGCUUCCAGAGAAAGUUAAUCAUUUCCAUGGACACGGUUGACACUACACAUGGUACCUGUUAUGGAUUUACCCACCCCUGGAACUGACUGUCUCACACGUCCCUGGAAUGUAUGGUAAUAAAAGCUUUAUUGUUUAAGCCACUUUUAAUAUUGGGCAUUCUGAUCACUGUGUGUGGAGGGAUUGAGAACAAAACUGGGCUCCUGAAGAGAGGGACUGGCUUCUGUGGGGAGGGGUCCCUGACUUUUGUUGCCUUACUGGGGAUAGCAGGAUGUUCAUCUCAUGGCCAUUACCCUGGUCCCAAAAUGAAGACCCUGCAGUCCUGGGAUGUGGCCAGGGCCCCUGGCAUCUGUGCACACCAUGGCCUUCAUUGUUUUUGCUGCCAAGGGAGAGAAGUGGUUGAAUGAACAUAUGUAUUCAUAUCCUUUGUUUUUUGGGGUCUUUUGAUUUUAAAAAUUUUGGAAACUAAUUUCCCAAAAGUUCAAUAAGAUACCAGUUCAGCAAAACUUGUGUGUUGUUUGUAGAUGUGUCCCUGGUCCAAAAAUUAUGCUUCCUGUCAAGAAGAGAACUUGGAGGCAUGUUUAGAGAGAGAACUGUGACCCUAGACUUGAGGGGUUUUGAACCACAGUGCUCAGCCAGUAUCAUGUGUUGGGGUUGGAAACCACUGCUGCCUUCUGUAACUGGUUCUUCUCCCCGAUCCCCCACCCUCCCCCCCACAAUGGUGGGAGAGGUGACGACCACACAGGGUAGAAACCCCAGGCAGGCUUAAAAAGUCAGGGAACUUGUGUGCCUUGGUGGCUCAGUCAGUUAAGUGUCUGACUAUGUAUAUUUGCUUAUUUAGACAUUUCAUAUAAAUGGAAUCACACAGUAUGUGUUUUUCUGUGAAUGGCUUUCACUUAGCGUAAUAUAUUUUUUGAGGUUCAUCUUUGUUGUAGCACAUAUCAGGACUUCAUUCCUUUUUAUGGCCAAAUAAUAUUCUAUUGUGUAGAUAUACCACAGUUUGUUUAUUCAUUC